GUGGGAUUUCCCCCAAGGUGUUUUUUAUUCGCAUCGUCCUGUCAGUCAUAUUUCGCCGAUAUGGCGUCCAAAUAUGGGUACAGGCCAACGGGUACCGACGGGAGUGACUUUUGGCACCGUGAGAGUGUUGCAUGGCAGUACAAACACAGUACAAUGAACAAGUCACGGCUGAAGAUAGUGCUAGUGCUACAGGUACUGUUAUGCUUGAUGUUGGUGAUACGAGUCCUACCAGGAAUGACAGCCUUUCUAGGACUAGGGAUGUUUGAACGACUAAAGCACUGGGACUUCCCUGCACCGCGGCCCUGGGAAUACCUCUGGAUCAUCAACUUUAUGGCAGGAAUAUUAGGUCUCAAGUCACUCCCCAAGAACGACUUAUCGCUUCUGAAGCAGUAUGUCAUUGGAACAGUAGUUUUCGGAAUUUGUCCCGUUGGCUAUGGUGUUUUUGAUCAAGUAGAUGAUUUAUAUGCCUACUUGAAUGAGAAGAAGUCAAUCGGAACCAUUCAGGGAUUCCCAGCAGUAAUUGUAUGGUUUAUGUUUCUAACCAUGGCUAUUCAGCUACAUGGAUUUGGACUUUAUUUUGCAAGACAGUUAUAUAAUUCUUGGAAGCCAAGGUCUGAAAAGAAGAGAAAGUGAAGCUGAUAACACAUUUUGUUCAUUAAUUUUAUAAGUGUGCUUGUUUUAUUUGUCAGUUUGAAAUUGUGGUUGUUUCUUUUUUUUUUUUUUGAAAGCAAGAAUAUUUUCUAUUCAUAAUACUGGCAUAUUUUUAUAUACAGUAGAACCUUGUGAGUUUAGACACUUCAGCUUCUGAUUUUCUGAUAAUAUAUUUUCCAGUUACUCAACUUUGUUUGUAAAAGGCAUAUUGUAAAAUGUUUGUCAAAGUUUAUCUCUUUCUCAUUUCUACCCUCUGUGUUGAGCGCAGAUUCAAUAUGACAUGGAAUUUAAGACCUUAGUUGAUGAGCAAAAUUAAAAGUAUUAAGAGAAGAUAUGUUUAAAAAACUAUCAGUCUAAAUUGACUCGGUUUUACUGUAGCUAGAAAUACAGCAUAACAAUGGUACGGAUAUAGAUGUAGUUAACCUAGACCUGAAAAACGUCCAUUUCAAUAACAAGCAAGUCAGUUAUUUUUCACUCUACGAUACCAGGUAUAUAUAUAUACAAUGUACUCACCAAAUCAUUCCAGCCUGGUACACUCCGGGAGAGUCAGCUGGAAAUUUAUCCCUUGUUUCCUCAUCUGCUUCCUUACAUGUUCUAGAUACAUAAUUACAGUAUCUUCUAAGUUCUUAUUAUUUCAGUUUGUCAUUUAACAUGAUUUUUUCUGGUGCUUUUUGUAUUUAAUUGUUAGAAAAACCUACAUUCAAUCAUUGAUUUCCAUUAACCAUAGACCAGACAAAGCAUUGUGAUUAAUAAUGUAAUUUGGGAAACAUUUUUUCUUUAGAAAUUUUUCUUCAUAACUUAUGGUGCCUGUAUUUAUUUCCCAGUGACUGGUUUUUAACAACAACAAAAAAACAAAUAUAAUCUUCUACAGCAAAAUGUUUAAAAAUUUAAAAUUGGAAUUUUUGCAGUAAAAGUUUUCAUGUGAAAAUGCAUUUAUUAAAAAUUAUCGAAUUUCCCUGGCCUAAAUUUAUAAUGACAUUUAGUUUACUGUGCAAUAUAAAAAAAUAUCUAAUAAUAGUAUGUUUGUGUUAGCAAUGCACCACCCAUGCCAGUUAUCCAAAAGUAGACUAGGAAAUUGUCUAGAUUACAAUUAUAAUGCCACACUUUGUAUGCUUAAUUCCAACUCAAAUAGUAGGAAAAUAGAACCAUCAAUAAUAGAUAAUGUACAAUUUAUGUAAAACGGUAGACUUUGUAUAUUGUAAGAUGUUGUACAGUUGGUGAUUCCAUAGUUCCAAAUUUUAUACUUUAACAUGAUAGAUAUGUUACAGCAAUAUGAUGUGUUCAGACUAUUUCCUUUUUGCCAUUUAUAUAUUGUUGAUUAUUAUACUGAGCUGUGUGGUAAUGUAUAAGUUAUUUUUGACUGUUGUAGUAUAACUGAGUGAGAAUUGUGUUGUAUGUUUUAAUAUUAUGCUUGUAAUUUUGCCUGUACUUAGGUUUUCUAAUGUUUAAGUUGUACUGGUUUAAUUGUAUUGUGUCAGUGAAGUCAGUCAUUUAAAAGUUUUAUUUCUUAAAUAGAAAAAUAUUUUGAAGAAGCACAAUUUUAGCAAAAGGAUACUUAUGCUAAAAAUCAUGUUACAGCUAAAAUAAAGGAACCACAAAUUUUGUGGAUACUGGGAGGUUCAUCUCUCUGACAAUUUAAAGCCACCUUUUUAACAGUCAGAGGGACGUGAUAAUUAUGACACAGUUUUACAUUUGUUCAAACAAUGGUUUGAUUUAAUGUUUAAAGGGUAUACACAAUGUACUGCUCCCUGUUGGCUGUACAAAGGCUGCUUUCACAUAACUGGGUUGACACAGUUCAAAUGUCAUGAAACUGUGUGGUAAAAAGAUUAAAUGCAUCUGUGAAGGAGUCGGACAUAUGUAAAAAAAAUUCUUAUUUUGUUUCAUGUCUUCUGCAUAUUAUUCUGAAAUAUAUGUUUGUGUGCACUGACCUUGAAGUAUGUGAAAAUCCUGAAAACUAUCCACCUGUCAUCUAGUUUUGAACAGACAUGGCUGAAUAUUCCUUGGGGUAUCCUCAUCCUCAAUAAUCUGUACCUUUGGUUCUUCAUUUUCAGGUUCAGCUGUCUCAACCAGUUAUGUGAAAGCAGCCAAUAAUUCUCGACAUAAUAUAUUAAUGAAAUGUGUCUCAAUCAUCAAGUCCCUAUGGUUGUAACUAUUGCUGAUCUAUUAGGACAAAGUAAACAGAAGUUUUGUACCAAAGAAAAAAAAAUCUCUACAAAAAUGUGUGUGGAGAGAUAUCUUAUUAUUGUACCAGUUGUUAAAUAGUACAUUGUAUUGUACUUUUGAUCUUGUGAUAAACAAUCUUGUUUAAAAUUUUAAAUUAUUUCAGAAAUGUUGCUCAAAUUUAUCAUGUUCAGGUGUGUUGAAUAUAUCCUGUACACACCUACUAAUAUUAGGCUAUAUGUUGCAGUGUAUAAAAUUAAAACAUUUUUCUACAGAGGACUAGUACAUAUGGAGAGUGCAUUCACACAUACUUAACAUAUUAGACCUUGUACUGUAAACGACCUAACAAGUGCACCUGCACCUAUAGCUGCACCUCCACCUUUUUUCAGGAUAAGAGGAUUGGUGCGCUGGUUAAAACAUACAAAAAGUUCCUUAACCCACUUUUAAUAAAAGCCUGGAUAGUUUUCGCUACAUAAAUGUAUGUAAAUGAAAAAAAGGUGUUGUUUUUUUCUACUCCGAAUUCACAUGAAAACAUUUCCCCAUUCAUCGUUUUAUCAAACACACCUUUUGUGUUUUUGUAAGCGCAAAAUGCCUUUAUUAGAUUGUGAAUACAGUAUUAUAGAUAGAGUGGUCAAACCAUUAAUUUCAGUCCAAAACUAGUUAUGGAACCAUGUUGUUAAAAUAACUGCAUUCAUUAUUACGGUACUAUGUCGUCGACCAGUAAAUCCUUCAUUAGGUCAAUAAAAGAGAUGUCUACAAUGUUUUACUAGUAAGACAGAUAGUUCUAAGGUUAUGUUUAACAGUGAAGACAAAUUACCAUUUCUUUAUUAUUAACGUUAUACUUCUGUGUCUAUGCAAUCAGGGAAGUAAUGUGUGAAAUCCUGUUUUGUUAGAUAGCAGAUUAUCUAUAUUUUUAUGGAGAAUCUUGAAAUUCAUUUACAUAUGUAAAAUCUUCUUAUGCACAUAAUUAUGUACGUGAAGGUAGAUUUUGUAAUUAAAGCACUUAACUAUUGUGUGCAGAGUACCAGAUUUAGUGCAAUAUGUAGUUUUUUUCAGUUUUAUAGGCCUCAGCAAAUGUUUUAAAUCUUACACCCUUGCACUACAGUAUAUGCCAAACCUGUUGAAGAGUGGGAGUAAGAAGAUAUUGUCAAUAAAGGCAAUGUUUAAAACCUCAGUUUUCACCUGAAUGUAACUGAAAUACUGUCUAAUAGACCCUCCUUUGCUAUCAUAGUGAGAGUGGUGAUAGAGGUUUUUGCUUGAUUUAUUUCAUUUCCAUGUAAGUUUAUUGUAACAGACUGCUGAUAGAGACUAUUGGUUAGAAUUUUGCUGCUGUUCCUACUUUCGCUUUGUACAACUGCAAGUGCUGGCCCUGAACAUGCACUUAGUAAUGGAAUGGAAUGUUGUCCAGAUACAAUAUUUGACAGAAUGUUUAUUUGAAUGCAUUGUACAGAAGACUCAGGAAAAGAUUGAUGAAUAGAGAAGAAUUGAAUACACAGCUGAUUGUACUUGAACAAAAGUUUAAGUCCAGUGUUUCGGCAUGUACAUGGAAUUUAAUUUGACUGAUUUUCCCGUACUUGGAAAUAGAAACGCAUGCUCUUGAAUGUCUCAUGUAGAGUUUGCUCAAUGUUUUCGUUAAAAAUACGCAAUAUAUAAAAGACAAUUAUACACAAGUUUCUACUCCACAUUGUGGAUAUUUUUUAAAUUUAAUCUCUUUAAUGUGAAGUUUGAAGAGAAGUGUUCUUUUAAAAAAUAGGUUUAUACAAUACAUGUAUCAAAAUGAGAUAUUGUGAAUUGUAAGGUGUUAAAAUCCAGUUGAUUUAGCUAGCCACAAGACCUGGUGUUGUCCUAUAUCCUGACAAGUUCUUACCACAGAAACAUGUUUAUUUCCAAAAAUACAUUGAAUUACUAUAAUAAUCAUGUUUCUACGAAUACUGUGCUAAGAAAUGGAUUGUUUGUGUGGCAUUUAUAGCAGCAUGAAUAGGAGACCUGUUCACCUUCCCAGUGGCUCUGGCUUCACAAUAUUCUGUGUGUUCAAGUGGAAAUCAUUUCAAAGUUUUACCUUCACUCCAAUUUUGAACAAUUUUAGGUCUGUGUUUGGUUUUAGUAUCUUGAUGGCAGCUUUAUUAGUUCCACAGUAACCUAAGAGAAAUACAACACUAAGAAGUAAACAUUGAAUUUCAAUCAAAAUCAAUUUUGUGGAAGCUUGUGAAAACAGAACCAAAUUAUCAAAAUGUAGCACAGUUUCCGUUUUACUGACCGACAUUAUAUAUAUCUCAAGAAGCCAACAACAACCCACUCACAUAACAUUAAAUCGUGUAGAUUGUUUUUUCAAUAUGGCCAUACAUCCUGAGCUAUAUGUUUGAUCAUAAAAUUUUGUUACUAUCCUAAACUUUUGAAUAAAAUUUCUCCCAGUGAU